AAAGCCUAUAGAUGAUGCAAAGACAUACAUUCUGUCUUGCACUGACAAGGAUGGGUUUAUGCCGAGAUUCAUUGACCAUUACAAAGGAAGAGGAGUGUUUGCCACACACCCCAUUGAACCCGGGGACUUCGUGUUGGAGUACAGGGGUAAACUCCUCACACAGGUGGAAUGCAAGUCAAGAAAAUACUCAGAGAUUGAAAGCACAUUUCUCUUUGACUUUCAGUGGCAGAAUCAUCACUUAUGCCUGGAUGCAUCUGAAGAAGAUGGAUCUCUCGGAAGAUUGGUCAAUGACAACCACAAAAAUCCAAAUUGCGUUAUGAAAAAAAUCAUAGUUGACGACAAACCACAUUUGUGCCUUUUUUCUCUGAAGAAAAUAGAAAUAGGAGAUGAAAUUGAUUACAACUAUGGCGAUUCAAAAUGGCCUUGGCGCAGUAAGUUGAAAAAAAACCAAGCUCCAGCCGCAGCAUUAGAGAAUGAGACCAGCCCUGUUCCUCAGAUGCUAAAUGAUGGACCAAACCCAGAUCAGACCUGCACACAGGUGAAAGGCCUUCAGACUCCAGCCGCAGCAUUAGAGAAUGAGACCAGCCCUGUUCCUCAGAUGCUAAAUGAUGGACCAAACCCAGAUCAGACCUGCACACAGGUGAAAGGCCUUCAGACUCCAGCCGCAGCAUUAGAGAAUGAGACCAGCCCUGUUCCUCAGAUGCUAAAUGAUGAACCAAACCCAGAUCAGACCUGCACACAGGUAUUUACUGUCCAAGGAUUUUCACUGGUUGAUUAUCCAUAUAGUGAUGAAACUGAUGAGGAUGGUAUGGAAAACGAACCUCCCACCCCACACCUGGAUGUCAUUUUAGGGCAGAAUGAUAUUGGCCCAGAUGUUUCAAAUCAUUUGUACGAUUCAGAUGAAACUGUUGUGAAAGAAACUUGUGAUGAGGCUUCUCCAAGCAACCAUUCCAACAAUCAAUCGGAUGAUGAACUUGUUCCACCACUGAGACGCACAAAAAGCAUUAUGAUGGAUAGAGUACAAGAUUUUACCCACAGUCUCUAUGAUAGUGACAGCCCAGAGGAGACUACUUUUUUUAAGCCUGAAAGGGAUUCACAGAAGCUGAGAAGAAGGUCUUGCCGUCCCGAAGUUUGUCCAGAAAAUGUCAAGACACUUGUGGCGUAAACACCAAGAUGAAUUGGAUGUUGCGAAAGCAUUCAGUUUUCCAAAAAACUCAAAGGAAAGAAAACUACAAUUGGACUACAUACGAAAUAAGGGAAAUUUCGAGCACAACAGUCAUGUUUUGGAAACACAAAAAGGAAAACUAAUCCCAUGUAAACAACCAGGAAAAAAAUCAGAGGGACAUAAAUUUGCACAUUGCAUUCACUGCUAUGGGCUGUUCUCAAGAAGAGCGAUGUGGCGGCAUUUCAAGGUCUGCAGCUUCAAACCCGAAAGUACUAAACCAGGUAAAAAUAGAGUUCAGGCAUUGUGUGCUUUCGCUGAACCUUCUCCAUCGGAAUAUACAGACGCGUAUUGGAAGUUCUUGAGUGUAAUGAUUCAGGACAAGAUUGCAGUUGCAAUUAAAGGAGACAACUGCAUCCUCAAUUAUGGUUUCAGGUUGUUCAAAAAGAAUGAGAAGAUAGUCAGUCAACACCAGUAUAUACGCCAAAAACUGAGAGAACUUGGCAGGCUUUUAUUGGAAGCUAAAAAAAUCACACAUGUGAAGACCAUUCAAGAACUCAUCAAACCUGAACAGUACUCCCAGGUUGUCAGAGCUGCAAAGAACCUAUCUGGAUUCAGUGAGGAAACUGGCAUAUACCAAUGUCCCUCUCUUGCACGCAAGGUAGGGCACAGCCUGCAUUCGUUGGCUAUGUUUAUCAAGUCUGAAGGACUGAAAAAGAAAGAUAAAGAAACCAUUAAAGAUGCUGAGGAGUUUGCACAGUUGUAUUUAGAGAGUUGGAGGUUUGAUAUUGCAGGCCAGGCAUUAACCCAGCUUAACCGGGCCAAAUGGAAUGCACCGCAACUUUUACCUCUUACACAAGAUAUCCAAAGGCUACAUUGCUAUCUAGAAGAAAAACUGCAGCAACAUCUCAAAGAUUUAAAAGAACAUCGUUCAUCCACAAAUUGGAAGGAACUUGCAAAAGUAACGCUGACACAAGUUAUGCUUUUUAAUCGGCGGAGAGCAGGUGAAGUGUCCCGAAUGCGCCUGUCUGCAUACUUAUCGAAGGACACAUCAGAGGAACAGGGAGAUGUAAAUUUGGCCCUCACAGCGCUUGAGCAGAAGCUCUGCAGGCAUUUUGUGCGAAUAGCAAUUGUUGGAAAAAGAGGAAGGAAGGUUCCUGUUCUUCUAACCCCAUCAAUGAGAGAAUCACUUGAUGCUCUUACUGAGAGCAGAGAAGAAUGUGGGGUGCUGAAGGACAAUGAAUAUCUGUUUGCAUUGCCACAAUCUGACCAUUACCUCAGGGCUUGUGACUGCUUGAGGCAAUUUGUCAGUGAAUGUGCAGACAUAAAAAAUCCUCAAGCGCUAACAUCAAUUCAACUGAGGAAACAUAUUGCUACCCUGUCUACUGUUCUGAACCUUAAAACCACCGAGCUCGACCAGUUGGCAGACUUCCUUGGUCAUAAUAUCACUGUUCACAGGAAACACUACAGGCUCCCAGAAAGCACCCUACAAUUAGCCAAAGUAAGUAAAGUCCUUCUGGCAAUGGAACAAGGACGCCUAGGAGAUUACAAAGGAAAGAGCCUCGAUGAAAUACAAGUCGAUGUAAAUGAGACCAUCGACAUGGAGGGACCUUUAGCAGAGGACAUUGAAGAUGUCAGUAUGCUAGGAGAAGAUGGGUCAGAUGAUGAGGUCAGCAUGUCAUCCACGCAAGAAUGUACCUCCACAUCACAAAGUCAAAACCAGGGAGUGUCUGCCACCGAUGUCAGUAUGCCAAGAGAAGAGGGGUCAGAAGAUGAGGUCAGCAUGUCAUCCCUGCAAGAAUGUUCCUCCACAUCACAAGUCCAAAACCGAAGUGUGUCUGCAAAAAAGAGAGGAAAACAAACGGCCGUCAAAAGAAGCUGGACCCCAGACGAGUGUGCUGCAGUGGACACACAUUUGAGGAGAUUUAUUGUAAUGAAUCAAGUUCCUGGUAAAGAAGAGUGUCAGCGCUGUAUUACUGCAGAACCUCAAGCUCUCAGAAACAGGGACUGGAAAGCAGUUAAAUAUUAUGUUAAAAAUCGCAUUACAGCCCUGAGAAGAAAAGUCUAGUGUACCUAAUGGAACUGAGGUAAAACCAAAACAUUAGAGGUAGGAUCUUAAAAUGUUUUGUAUUUGGUUGUGUUCUGUUGUAACCUUGUUGUUGUUGUUGUUGUUGUAGGGGUUUGCUCAGGUUUUAUGGCUGUCCAGUGGCCUACAAAUAUACAGUUAUACAAUAUACAGUUCUUAUUUAAUUUAUUUUUUUAUUUGAUGGAUGUAGGAUGGAUGUUGGAUGGAUAUUGAAUAGAUGUUUGAUGGAUGGAUGGAUGUUGGAUGGAAGUUCGAGAGCUGGGUGGAUGUAGGAUAGAUGAUGGAUGAAUGUUGGAUGGAUGUAGGGUAGAUGAUGGCUGGAUGGAUGUUGGAUGGAUGUAGGGUAGAUGAUGGAUGGAUGGAUGUUGGAUGGAUGUAGGGUAGAUGUUUGAUGGAUGGAUGUUGGAUGGAUGUAGGGUAGAUGUUGGAUGGAUGGAUGUAGGGUAGAUGAUGGCUGGAUGGAUGUAGGGUAGAUCUUGGAUGGAUGGAUGUAGGGUAGAUGAUGGCUUGAUGGAUGGAUGUUGAACAGAUGUUGGAUAUAUGGAUGGAUCUUGAAUAGAUGUUGGACAUAUGGAUGGAUGGAUGGAUGGAUGUUGGAUGGAUGUUCGAGAGCUGGGUGGAUGUAGGAUAGAUGAUGGAUGUUGGAUGGAUGAAUGUCGGAUGAAUGUAGGGUAGAUGAUGGAUGGAUGGAUGUAGGGUAGAUGUUGGAUGGAUGGAUGGAUGUUGGAUGGAUGUAGGGUAGAUGAUGGCUGGAUGGAUGUUGGAUGGAUGUAAGGUAGAUGUUGGAUGGAUGGAUGUUGGAUGGAUGUAGGAUGGAUGUAGGGUAGAUGAUGGCUGGAUGGAUGUUGGAUGGAUGUAGGGUAGAUGUUGGAUGGAUGGAUGUUGAAUGGAUGUAGGGUAGAUGAUGGCUUGAUGGAUGGAUGUUGAACAGAUGUUGGAUAUAUGGAUGGAUGUUGGAUGUGUGGAUGUUGGAUGGAUAUUGAUAUAUUCUUAUUUAUUUUAAUGCAUUUAUUUAUUUUAGGGCCUAAACACUGAAAGUGUGUGGGGCAUAUGUUAAAUAUUUCAAAGGAUUUUUCAUUUCUUUAAAUAUCUCUGUAUCAUUAUUUCAAAAUUUGAGGCUUCACUGGAAAGAACAACUUGUGUUAACAUGACAUUAUGGAUGCAGUCCAAUAUAACAUAUAAUUUCAAUGCCUAUAUAAGAGAAACUGUUGGGUUUACAUAAAAGUUCAGGCUGAUGUUGUUCAAACAUUGAGUGCAGAUUGUACAAACCUAGACAUUAAAUUAAUAAUUUGUUUUAAUCAUUUCAUAAAAAGUUUAUUGACUGACAACUGUGUGGCAUAAACUUUGUCAUUACAAUAAAAUUGGUCAUUUCAGUUUUGUUAUAAAACUGUCUUUGAAGCCGUAUGUCUUGUAAUCUGUAAAGGCAGAUGGAAAGUUUCACAUAUAUACAUAGUUACUCAUUACAAAAAUAACUAUUUUAGUCCAAAAUAAGGGAACUGGGAGUAAUAAUAAAGGCUGUUGUCAGCAGCUGCAGAUAGUGACCUUGGGCCCCAUUAACAUAUAAAAACUUGGUAUAUAUGUGUGUAUGUGGGCGGACCUCUCAAGUCGGCAAUCCUAGAAACGUUCCCCACAAGGGGCCAAAUACCUUUUUCGACAAAACUUUAGAAAUUUAUCAAAUUGAAGUGAUAUUAAUGAUUGAGAUUUUUUUUUAGAUCUAAUGUUGUUUUUAUAGCAGUGUAGGACCACUGGAAAGGGUGGAUCCCACAACGCAUAAAAAAACUGGUGGGCCCCAUGAGUGGGCCUGCGCAAGAAUGUGUGUGUGUGUGUGUGUGA